GAGAGAGAGAGAGAGAGAGAGAGAUUCUUGUCUUUUCCCCCAUAAAACAUAAGGAGUUCCGGCGAUGAUGUAUGAUUCGAGCUCCGGUGAUGAUGAUUCGAGCUCCGGCAAUGACGACUCGAGUUCCAGCGAUGACGAUUCGAGCUCUGGUGUUGUUUUGAUUUGGUUUUCUCUUUUUAUUACACACAACUAUGAAUUGCUUUAUUAUAAUGUGAUAUUUCUUGUUUAAGUUGAUUGGUUUUGUUUUCAGUAUUGUGAAGUGGUGUUUUUCUUAAAUUAAAUUUGGUUACAGUGGUGUUGUUUAGGAGAAAAGUUACUUGUAUUAAACGUCACUUGUAUAAUUUGGUAAAGUGAUUCACGAUUUUCUUUGCAAUCCAAAUAAUUAAAAAGUGAGAUGGUUUGUUGAAGACAUAAAACACUUGAGCCAACUUAUUACAAAGAUAACAACUCAAUCAGAUUCAAACUCAACAAAAGCUUAUGCUGAUAACAAAAGAAGGCUUUUAACUCAAGAACGCAAGCACAAACGGAGCUUUGUGGCAUUGAUUUUGAUAAGUCUUUAGUGAAGUUAAAUGAGCUCUCUUCAAUUCUCUUACACAACUCUUAUACUUGAGCAUUCAUGAAAAAAACUGUAGUAGGUGGUUUGAUAAGGAGGCGUCCCGCAGAACGGCCCGCGAAAACCUAUAUAUUUUGCAGUACGGGUUUGGGCCGAUAUUUUGAAGACCGCAGUCCACGCGGGAUAGGUCCGCUGUAAUCCGCUCGACAACAACCCAUCCCGUUUGACAUCUCUAAUCCAAAGUCAUAUGUCUUCACGAUGAGACCUUCUCAAAAUUGAUUUUAUUUAUUUAAAUAGCCGCGUUCAGGCGACUACGUGAUCAACGCUCCAUGCCAUGUGGGCGACGUGUCAUAGAUUAUAAAUAAAUAAUUGUAUGUAUACGAUAAUAAAUGGCGCUUCUCAAUUAGUGUCCAACGUUUUAAAUACAGCCAUCUUCGUGCAGACCGACGAACUGAGAGUUUCUUCUUCAUCCUCACCGAGAAAUCUCUGUGGCGUUUUGCCGGAGAACUUAUAGUGGUUUCUAUCUUACUCAAAAGAAUUAGGAAUUAGACAUGGAUAGCGAAACCUCUGUCAAAGAGAAUCAAAGGAACUUCGACAGGCUAAGCAAUCUACCUGAUUCGUUGCUAUGCAAGAUACUCUCUGACUUCUCCACCAAGGAAUCGGUUCGCACCAGCGUUUUAUCAAAACGUUGGAGAAAUCUCUGGUUGAAUGUUCCAGUACUGGACCUAGAUACUAGAACAUUCUCAGAUGAUGAUGUCUUUGUGAGUAUCAUGGAUAGGCUUUGUUCUGAAAAUGAGCAACGAUUUGAGAGAUUCAAACUGAUAUAUCAGUUAUACGAGCAUGAUGAAUCUCGUUUCGAGUCUUGGAUCGAUGCUGUGACUGGGCGUAGGAUUCUUCAUCUCAAUGUUUAUAAUGAGUUUGACGAUGAUGAUACGUUAGUUAAGAUGCCUCCAUCUCUCUAUUCAUGUGAGAGAUUGGUCAACUUGAGUCUCCGCUGCGUGUACUUGGAUCAUCCUGAAUCUGUAACGUUGCCUUGUGUCAAGAUUAUGCAUCUAGAGAAGGUUAUAUACGCUUGUGAUUCGACUCUAGAGACUUUAAUAUCAAGCUGUCCUGUUCUUGAAGAGUUAACCAUAGUCAGUGACUACAAUGAUUCUCUGGAAGCUGUGCGUGUGCGUUCCCAGUCACUAAAGAGCUUCAGUAUAGAUUGUGAGCGUGACGAAAGUGAAGGUCAUGUUGUGGCAAUUGAUGCUCCAAGACUUGAGUGUAUGACUCUCAAUGAUCACAGGUCUGAUAGCUUCAUAAUACACAGUAUUGGUCCCUCUGCAAAGGUAAACAUUGAUGUUAGCUUUAAUGGGGAAGAUGAUGAGCCACUGGAACCAGAUGACUCUUCCAAGAUUACUAUGCUCAGUAAAUUUCUAACCGGGUUAUCUACCGUCAGCCACAUGACCAUCUCUGCUGAUACUCUAAAUGUUAUUCAUGAUUACUGUGAAAUGGAACAGCUACCUAAGUUCUCCAACUUGUCUUACUUGGAAGCUUGCUUCCAAGACACUAAGUGGGAGAUGCUACCAGCCCUCCUUGAGAGUUGCCCAAAUCUACACUCCGUCGUCUUGGAAUUUGAUUGUCUUACAAAGACCGAGCAGGUUGAUCUUUCAUUAGUGCCACAAUGUUUCAAAUCAUCUCUUGAGUUUGUUCAGCUGAAGACAAUUGAUGGUGUAGACAUGAGAAAGAAUGAGACACCACUCAUUGGAACACCAAGUAAGAUGAAAUUAGCAAAAUACUUCCUAAAGAAUGGGGCAGCUCUCAAGAAACUGACUCUAAGGGAGAGUUUCUGUACCUUCAUCAACCAAAUCAAAUCUAUUCCUAGACUCUCUAAGGGGUGUGAAGUUGUCAUGGAUUAGUUAAGCUAGCUUUGUUUUCUUCUCGUUGUGCUUUGUUAAAAUUCACUUUUUCUUUCUUAUUUCGUGGUAUACAUUGUUUAUUUUUAGUUUUUCAAGUUGGAGGAAGAUAUUAUUGACUUGUCUCAACACAAACCAUUUUUAUUCGCGAUGAAAGUGACGAUCAAGGCUUAUUUGGAUCA